CGAGCACGCGGCCAGAGGGAUCGAGAAAAUCGAGGAAGAAUCCCGGCGCGUCGGAGACGGAACCGAAACGGAAAGAAAAACGGGGGAAUGGCGAGAAGAAAGAGAAAAGGGAGACAGCGGUGCUAGCGGGCGCGCACGAGAGGAGCUAACACGGCGAGGAGAAGAGUCGGUGUGGAUCGCGGUUAGAGAGCUAGUGGUCCGCGGGCUCUGUGGGGUGAGAAGUAGAGGGGCGUCUGUCGGGGUUUGGCGGUAGUGACAAUGCCAGUUCCCUCGCGGGCGAGUUGGAGUCGAAGGCGACUAUCGAGUGAGACGAGCUGCCAGCCCUGGCUCAUCGUGUAGUGCCUAGUGAAACGAGAUGACGGGCUCGCGGCUGAGACCCGCGUUCUUCGUGGGCCUCUUCCUGGCCCUUCUAGCCGUCGCCUUACAGGGAGUGCAAAGCGAAGAGGAGCUAGAGGUGCCACCGGAGGAUCUGUGUCGACCGUACAUUGAGAAGGCGUUGAAGGAUCUCGGUACAGGAUCUUUGGAGCAGACCAGUGCCGAGGUUGGGACAGACGCCGAUAAAGAGAGCCACGAAGAUGCCGAGAAACCAGCGAGCGAAGAGGGUGGCGAGCCAACAGCCGACGUUUCGAAAGAGGAUUUGGCAGCGGAGGGCGAGCCGGAGUCGGUAGAGGCUGCGUCUGCUCCGGAGAGCGCCGAGCAAGCCGAAGACGAGGCUGGCAAGUCGGCGGAAGCCGACCAGAGCGCCGAAGCCGCGGCAGAGGCGAGUGCUGAGGCCGACGGAGAUGGGUCCGAGCAGAAAUCCGGCGAAGCGGGAACGGAGGAGGACAAAGACGAGUCCCCCGAGAAAGCGGACGAGGCCGCGGACUCCGGACAGGAACAGUCCGCCGAGGAGGCAGACGUGAAGUCCGGGGAGGAAGCGGAAGACGCGAAGUCCGAGGAGGCGCAGACGGAGGAAGAGAAAUCCGCGGAGCAGCAGGAGGAGGAGGAGGACGGGAAAACGGAGGAAACGCAGACGGAGGAGGAGAAGUCCGGCGAGGCGGCCGAAGCCGACGAGGGCAAGUCCGACGAGGAGGGUCGAGCCGAGGAUGACCAGUCCAACGAAGAGGCUGAGGCGCAGGGCGAAUCGGCCGAAGCGAAACCCGACGAGGAGAAAUCCGACGAAGCUACUACCGGCGAGGUGAAAUCCGAGGAAGCGACGAGCGCGGAGGAAGCGGCGAGCGCGGACGAGGCGGAGGGAGCCUCCAAAGAGGAGGCGGAAGAAGCUUCCAAAGAGGAGGCAGAGGAGGGAGCUUCCAAAGAGGAGGCGGAAGGAGCUUCCGCGGAAGCUGCGAGCGGAGAGGAGAGCAAGGCGGACGAGACAGCCGAGUCGCAGGAGCAGCCGGCGAGCGAGGAGGAAGCUAAAGACAGCAAAGAGGGCGAGGGCGAGGGCGAGAGCGCGGAUCAGACUGAAAGCGGCGAGGCUCAAGCCGAAAGCGCCGAGGCGCAGACGGAAGAAGCGAAGGAGAGCGAGGAGGAAGCUAAAGAGGAAUCCGCGGAAGGCGAAGCAGCGAAAUCGGAGGAGGACGCGGCCAGCGAGGCAGCGGCCAAGUCCGAGGAAGAGGAGGAGGCUAAGUCCGCCGAAGAGGAAGGCAAGUCCGAGGCGGCGGAGUCCGCGGAAGAAGCGAAGUCGGAGGAAGAGGGAGCCGAAGCAACGAAAUCUCGAGCCAGACGAGAGGUCGGCGAGGAGGGCGACGCCGAGAGCGCCGAGGCGGAAGCGGAAGGCUCCGAAGAGGCGGCUAAGAGCGAGGAGGAACCCACCCCCGAGGAAGACCUGAUCAAGGAGAUCGUGGUGCCGGAGAACCUGCGGCCGCGCGAUCACAUCAACCAGCUGCUGAAGCUCGACGAGGAGAACGAGGAGAAGGAGCGAGCGAUCGACAGGAACAGCGACAGCGUGCUCAAGGAGCUGAAGAGGGUCUACGACAACGCGAUACAGCCGCUGGAGUCCUUGUACAAGUACAGGGACCUGAGCAACAGACACUUUGGCGAUCCAGAGAUAUUCUCGAAGCCGCUGGUCCUGUUCAUGGGUCCGUGGAGCGGCGGGAAGUCUUCCAUCAUAAAUUACUUGGCCGACAUCGAGUACAAACAAACGUCGUUACGGACAGGUGGUUUGAGAGAGUGCUUAGAGAGGCAAUGCAAAAAGGGAAAUGGAAAUGACACAGGAGCCGAGCCGUCGCCGGCCUACUUCAACAUCGUGAUGCACGGCGAGGAAGAGGAGGUCCUCGACGGCACCCAGCUGGCCGCCGACUGGACCUUCUCCGGGCUCCAGAAGUUCGGCCAGGGGCUGCUCGAUCGUCUCAAGGGUUUGCGGCUGAACAGCAAGCUACUGGAGAAGGUGAACAUCGUUGAGAUACCGGGGAUCCUAGAGAUUCGGAAGCAGGUGCAACGUUUGUUCCCGUUCAACGACGCGUGCCAGUGGUUCAUCGACCGAGCGGACAUAAUAUUCCUGGUCUACGACCCGUCGAAGCUGGACGUCGGACCGGAAACGGAGGCGAUCCUCGAUCAGCUGAAGGGUAGGGAGUACCAGACGCGCAUCAUUCUGAACAAAGCCGAUCAAGUGAAGCCCGAGGAACUGAUGAGAGUGCAGGGGGCACUGAUCUGGAACAUAUCGCCGCUGAUGUCCAGCGCCGAGCCACCGAUCAUGUAUUCGACGUCGCUGUGGUCGAUACCGUACGAGGCCGGAGCGCCGACCAGAUUGCUAUAUGCUCAAGAGCGUGCAUUCCUGCGCGAUCUGCGCACUGCCAUUGACAAACGAGUCGAGCACAAGAUAGCGAGCGCCAGAAGAUUCGCUGUGCGAGUGCGCAAUCAUGCUAAAAUGGUAGACUGCUAUCUGACAACCUAUUACAACCACAAGACGUUCUUCGGAAACAAGAAGGAGAUCAGUGACAAGAUCAUUGAGAAUCCCCAGGACUAUCACAUCUACGAGGGGCUCAGCACUCUGAAGAAUAUCUCGCGCUACGACUUGCCAGAUCCGGACGUCUACCGAGACUUCUUCCGGCUGAACCCUCUGUACGAUUUCCCUCUGCUGAGCUCGACGUGCACCUACUUCCGUGGGUGUCCGAUCAAUAGACUGGACGUUGCCAUCGCGUACGACCUACCCGAGUUGGUAGGGAAAUACAAGAAGUCGGUAGAGCAAAUCAUGCACGAAUACGAGACCAGUCCUCCCAGUUGAGUGUAGUUCAACAUUCUGAAGCGGAGCUCUUGAAGCCAUACUACCUGUGGAGCUGAAGAGCACAUUGUACAAAAAUAAUCAAGCGUACGAGUGAAGAGAAGAUGAAUAUUAGUGUAAGUUUCAUACUUGAGGCGUUGAAGAGAACUUUCUUUCCUGGGACAGUAUAACGAAUAGGGUUGGAUCACCCUCGGAGAGAGAAAAUCAAAACUUGGUCCUAGAAUGUAAGACCUAAGCGAAGAACUAGAUAAAGCUCCUGGAACACAUCCUUGCAUGGUUUACUAGAUAAUCCAUUUUAAGGAUGAGAAGAGCAGUAUCCGAAUAUGAGAGGUAUACUUGCUGAUUUUGUAGGUAAAGGAACCAUACAUAUGUCACUGUAUACUGAACGUACUGUCGAGUGAACUGCUGGAUUGGAAGACGAAGAUUUCAAGACGCUACUUGUGUUCGGAAGACGAUAAGAGUGCUACCAUUCCGAUCUAAAAUGGACAGUGAGUUCCCCUCGAUUGUGUUCAAACACAGCUUCGAUCAUGCGGUUUUGGAAAACAUAUCACAGCAAUAGUGGGUCCUAUACUAAUACGUUCAUGAAAAAAAAAAUAUAAAUGAUGAUAAGAUGAACUCGAGCUAUAGACUUCUUUGAAACUUAGUGUAAUAGUUGUGCCAACUAUUAUACAGCACUGUGAGAAUUCAGCCGUCAGAAGAUCGUCAGACGGGAACGCGUAUUUACAUAUUGUUAAUAUGUAAAGUUAUAUAAAAUAUUUCCAUUGAGAAAGAGAUAAGAAUGAUCUCUUUUUGAGGCUUUUGUGAAAUACCUUGUAUAAACGAAUUGUGUUCUUAUUAAAAGUUAUAAAACCUAU